AUGUUGACCGUGACGUUCAUCAGACAUGGACAGUCGACUGAUAAUGUGAGACACGUGUGGGCAGGGUGGGCCGAUGCUCCACUAAGCCAGCGCGGUUCGUCAACUCUCGGCGCAUACUUUUCCCAAACUGUAUUCACCAAGAUCUAUGCCUCUCCCCUCAAGCGCGCUACCACCACUGCAGCGCUUGUUCUUGCCGCCCAACCUGCCCCACAGCCGCCACAUGACUUUACAAUCGAGUCUAUAAAGGAGCAAAAUUUUGGCGUUGCCGAAGGGAAACCGUGGUAUUCUCCGGAUAACAGGACUUCCAAGUCGCUCUCAGAGUACAUGAGCGAGGGAAAGUACCCCACACCAAAUCCGGGUGAACGCUUCACGAAUGGUGAGUCAGAUGAAGAUUUAGCAGCGCGUGCGAUGCAGGCUGUGGAUGAGGUGAUCAUGCCACACGUACGUAGUGCAGUGCAGGCUGGGCGUGCAGAGCAUAUAGCGCUCGUAAGCCAUGGGCUCUGUAUUAGAGCACUCAUUUGCGCAUUGUUGAAAAGGGACUCCAGAAAUGUUGCCCCUACACGUGGGUACACUGGGAUGCAGAACACGGCGUGGGCGAGGGUAAUUAUUAAAAUGCAGGAUGUUUCAGAUGGCACAUCAAUGGACCUCAUUGAUGAAGACACUCACCCUCUGAUCGUAACAGUGAUGGACUUCGGUCGUGCGGAUCAUCUCACCAAGCUUAAGCUCAACGCCGGUGGGACCGGCAAGAUCGCCUACGACCCAAAGCAGCGGGACAUUAGAGCGUUCUUCAGUGGUGCGGCGAAGAACGUUAUCACCGAGCACUGCGAGAGCGAUGCACGGGAUGAAAUCGAUGUGAAAACAAAGGACUGA